AACAAGGGUACCAGGUCUUGGAUGGAUCACAAUCAUCAAGAUCCAUCUACUGGACUUUUGACAGAAGAAUUUGCGGAAGGUCUUCAACAAUUCAUGUCAUUUGCGUCAAACCAGCCGAGGACUUUGGAAACGGGUAACAUGUACUGUCAUUGUCCAAUUUGUCAAAAUCGUAGAUUUGGUACAGUUAGUGGUGUAUGGAAGCACUUAUAUAGUAGAGGAUUUUUGGCGGGUUAUAAAGUUUUGUAUUCGCAUGGUGAAACUGAUUCUAUGGUGAAUUUCGGUAGUGCUAGUGAAGAAAAUAACAUGGGGGGGGGGGGGGGGGGGGGGAACAACAAGGUGGCUUAGAUGAACAUAUAGGAACUGUUCAAAUGGUUAAAGAUAGGUAUAGAGUAGAGGAACCAAACUUUGAAGCGCAUAAAUUUUAUGAUAUGUUAGAUGCAGCAAAACAACCGUUAUAUGAUGGUUGUAGAGAUGGUAUUUCACCUCUUUCAGCUGCAACAAGGAUGAUGUCUAUUAAAACAGAUUAUAACUUAAGCGAAGAUUGUGUUGAUGCGAUAGCUGGUUUUGUGAAAGAUAUAUUGCCGGAAGAGUAGAGGAACCAAACUUUGAAGCGCAUAAAUUUUAUGAUAUGUUAGAUGCAGCAAAACAACCGUUAUAUGAUGGUUGUAGAGAUGGUAUUUCACCUCUUUCAGCUGCAACAAGGAUGAUGUCUAUUAAAACAGAUUACAACUUAAGCGAAGAUUGUGUUGAUGCGAUAGCUGGUUUUGUGAAAGAUAUAUUGCCGGAAGAUAACCUUUCACCAGCUACCUAUUAUGACAUACAAAACUUAGUUUCAGGGUUGGGUUUGCCCUAUCAAAUGAUAGAUGUUUGCAUCGACAACUGUAUGCUAUACUGGAGAAGGGAUGUUGAUCGUACUAGUUGUCGAUUUUGUCACAAACCACGGUUUCAAAAAACAAGUCGAAAGACUAAAAUCCCGUAUAAGAGAAUGUGGUACUUGCCAAUAACAGACCGACUAAAGAGGUUAUACCAAUCCAAACAUACCGCCGAUGCUAUGAGAUGGCAUGGUGAACACAACAGCAACGGAGAAAUUGCUCAUCCAUCAGACGCAACAUUUUCAGUCAGUGUAUCCUAGUUUUGCAUCUGAGAGAAGAAAUGUUUACCUUGGAUUAAGUACGGAUGGAUUCAACCCGUUCGGAAGCCAUGGGAGACAAUAUUCUCUUUGGCCAGUUAUUGUAACACCAUACAAUUUACCUCCAUCAUUGUGCAUGAAACGAGAGUUUCUCUUUCUCACAAUUCUAGUUCCUGGUCCUGCACAUCCUAAAAAAUCCCUUGAUGUUUAUUUGCAACCAUUGAUUCAUGAGUUGAAAAUGCUACGGGCCGAAGGAGUUGAAGUGUAUGAUAUAUCUGCUAGGCAGAAUUUUAUAAUGCGUGCAGUGCUUAUGUGGACCAUAAGUGACUUUGCCGCAUACGGAAUGUUAUCUGGAUGGACAACACAUGGAAGAUUAGCGUGUCCCUACUGUCAAGAUAACACAGAUGCGUUUCAACUGAAGAAUGGAAGGAAGACAUGUUGGUUUGAUUGUCAUAGACGAUAUCUACCCCAUGACCAUCCGUAUCGAAAAAGCACCACUUUGUUUACUAAGAACAAAAAGGUGUUUGAUGGUCCGCCACCAGAAAUAGAUGGAAAAUCUAUCCUGACUCAACUCAGAGAUUUUGGUGUGGAAUCAACAGCUAAAUAUGGGGGAAAUGGGCAUUAUCCAGUUUAUGGAUAUGGCGAACAUCACAACUGGCACAAGAAAAGUAUUUUUUGGAAGUUGCCGUAUUGGGAGAACCAUCUACUUAGGCAUAAUUUAGAUGUGAUGCAUAUAGAGAAGAAUAUAUUUGACAACAUCAUGAAUACCAUUCUCAAUGUCAAGGGAAAGACGAAAGACAACCUGAAGUCCAGAUUAGACUUGCAAGAUAUAUGUGCCCGAGAAUCUCUUCACGUGGAUGGGAGAGGAAGACUUCCAAUGCCUAUUUAUCGUUUAGAUGCAGCUGCAAAGCAAGAGUUCUUCGACUGGAUUAUAGAUAGCGUCAAAUUCCCAGAUGGAUAUGCGUCAAAUCUAAGGAACUGUGUUAAUCGCGAAGAAGGAAAGUUUUCUGGUUUGAAAAGUCAUAAUUGUCAUGUCAUGAUGCAGCAUCUUCUCCCAUUUUGCUUCGCUGGUCUUCUUCCAAAACAUGUACAUGAAGCAAUAGCAGGUAAAUUUAGUAUUUAAUAACUUCUUCACCUGUUACAUAGUAUCUUUUCAUAUCUAACAUAAUUUUUUCUUUGUUACAGGAAUAGCAGCUUUCUUUCGAGAUUUGUGCUCGAGAUCAUUAACAGCAGAUGAUAUUAGAAACUUGAAAGAAAUGAUUCCGAUAAUCCAAUGCAAUCUCGAGAAGAUUUUUCCACCUUCCUUUUUUGAUGUUAUGGAGCAUCUUCCAAUCCAUCUCGCUCGAGAAGCAGAACUUGGGGGCCCGGUUCAAUAUCGAUGGAUGUACCUGGUUGAGCGUUCUAUGUAUCAUUUCAAGCAGAAAGUGAAAAAUUUAAGCCGAGUUGAGGGUUCUAUUGUUUCACAAAGCAUCAAUGAGGAAACAUCCCAGUUCGCUGCUUACUAUUUUGCCCCAGAAGUACAAACUAAAAGUCGAAAACCAUCAAGACAUGAUGAUGGAGGGCAGAGAACAGUUUAUCCCGUCGAGGUGCCUACCAUAUUUUCCCAAAUUGGUCGAUUAAGUGGAAAAGGAAAAAGUAGAAGACUCACCGAACAAGAGCACAUGCACUUACAUAAGUACAUUUUAGCAAACUGCGAAGAAGUAAUGACAUACGAAAGGUAGUUAUGUUUUAGUAUGAUAUAUUAAGAAUCCUAUUUUGUAAAUAAAUUUGUAACUAAUUAUGAUUUCAAUGGCAGGAUUUACAUGGAGCAAAUAAGGGGUGCAUAUCCGAAUUACACUGAAGAUCAGCUUUCUGCACUAAAAGAAAACGAGUUUGUAAAUUGGCUAAAAUUCUAUGUAAGUUUUUCAAAUCUAUUCUCUAUUACUUCUGAAUUUUUGAUCUUUUGUACAUGGUGCAUUACUUAAAUUUGUGACUACUAUGCAGGUAAGGUUUCUCUUGUCUAGAGGAGAUCCUAUUCAGCCAUGGUUAGAGGAGUUGGCCCUUAGUCCCAAAUUUGUUGCUGUGUCGUACCCGAUGUAUUGCACGCGUGGAUAUGCUUUUAAAAUUUUCAGCGAAAACACUACGCAGCCAACUAUAAAUCAUGGUAUAUCUGCUAGAUCUGGCGAAGUAAUCUACUAUGGUAUUUUGCGUGAGAUAUUGGAGAUUCACUAUCCGGGGAUCCUUAAUUUGAGGUGUGUUGUCUUCUUUGCUGAUUGGUACAACCCGAUCGUUGGAUAUGGUGUACGAAUUGACGAGUUUGGAGUAACAUCAGUUCAUUCCAGAAGAAGUCUUGCAAACUAUGAUCCGUUCAUUCUGGCUUCACAAGCUGAUCAAGUAACUUAUAUUCGGUAUCCUCGUGUGAGGAAUAAACAAGACCCUUGGGUCACCGUGACCCAUAUAACUCCACGGGGGAAAUUGGAAGGAGUUUCGGAUACGGCUGCGAUGCAACAAUCCUCGAGCAGUGCCAUAGGUGAUCUUCAUGUUGAUGGAAGCGAAAUCGAUCUUGUUGUUGAUUUUACUGGUGUAGGUGACAACGAAGUAUUCUCAGAUUCGGAGUCGGAGAAAGGAGAAUUCAACGAAGACUCGGUUUCUUCAGAAUAUUCAUCUAAUUCGGAUUAAUUAAAACUUUUAUAAGUUAGAAAGAUAUUAUAUAUUUUGUAAUGUUUAAGAGAAAAUAUUUUUUAGUAAGUCUGAGUACUUUUUAGAAAUUUUUUUCAUAUGUUUUAUUUUAUUUUAAUGAAUGUUUCAAAGCGGAUUUUUUUUU